ACACGUUCACAAGGCGUCCACCACAGGUUUGUAAGUCCUACACAGCGACAGGGCCGAUAGGAUUGGGGAGGGCCCUCGUCCCCGCUGGCCACUCAAUGGUUAAUGUAACUUUGUCAAAUGUGUUUUACGUAACUUCAAGAUUAAGCUUUGUAACAUUUUGAGAUUGAUCUGUUUAUCGUAGUUCUUUGCACCACGCGCCUCUGGACUUUCUUUGUCCUCCCCUAGAAAUUCACGUUUGAAAGACGAACCUUAGCGAAAUCUUGGUCUCAAAACUUGUUGGAGCGCGUUUGAACAUGGACUUCUUUUGACUAUAAUCAUCAUGAAUCACAGCCUCAAGAUAUAGCAUAACUUCAUCGGUCCUUCGAUGGGCGCGGUCAAAGAUCAGGGACCAACACCGACAGAGAGCCAAUUCCAGCACGGCGUGAAGCAUCUUCACGAGAGUGGCCUCAAAAGACUGCCGACCAAGUACAUACUGCCCCUCCAAGACCGGCCGAAACCCGAGCCCGCCGAGCCGAGCCUGAAGCUCCCCGUCAUCGACCUCGCACAGCUGCAGGGCCCAGCCCGGCCGGGGGCCAUCGCGUCCAUCGCCGAUGCGUGCAAGAGGUACGGCUUCUUCCAGGUGGUCAACCACAGGGUCACGAGGGGCACGGCGGAGGGCAUGGCGGACGCAGGGCGGAGGUUCUUCGGGAUGCCCUUCGAGGAGAGGGCCAAGUACAUGUCGGCGGACAUGUUCGCGCCGGUUCGCUACGGGACGAGCUUCAACCAGAGGAAGGACGAUGUGUUCUGCUGGAGGGAUUUCCUGAAGCUGACGUGCGAGCCCAUGCCGGACGUCCUUACGCACUGGCCUGCUUCCCCUGCUGACCUGAGGAAAGUGGCGGCUAGCUACGCGAAAGAGAUCCGGGACUUGUUUCUGGUGCUGAUGGAGGCCAUCUUGGAAGGCCUGCAUGUGUCCAAUACAGAGGAGAGGAAGAAGAUGAAACCUGGGAACGAAGGAGGAGAAGAAGAUGAUGGUGAUGAUAUCAUGGAGAAGUUAAAAAAUGGAAGCCAACUCAUGGUGGUGAACUGUUUCCCUCCAUGCCCGGAGCCUGAUUUGACGCUUGGGCUGCCUCCACACUCCGACUAUGGCUUCCUCACCCUCCUCCUCCAAGAUGAAGUCCAAGGCCUGCAGAUUCAGUUCCAAGAGAGGUGGGUCACUGUGGAACCCAUCGAGAACGGGUUCGUCGUGAAUGUCGGCGACCAUUUGGAGAUUUUCAGCAAUGGGAGGUACAAGAGCGUUCUCCACAGAGUCCUCGUGAACUCUGAGAGAUCUCGAAUCUCAGUGGCUUCCUUGCACAGCCUUCCUUACGAGUGCAUGGUGAGGCCGUCCUCGAAGCUCAUCGACAAAGCGAACCCAAAGCGCUACAAGGACACCAACUUCGGGAGCUUUCUCGAGUACAUAUCGUCUCGCGAGCCAAAGAAGAAGAAAUUCUUGGAGACCCGGAAGUUGAAUUGAUCUUGAAAAGUAUAGAAGAGAAUCCCUAGUGGACAAGUUGGAAGGAGACUCUGUGUACUUUGACUUUUUGCAGCAUCAAUUAUUUGGUAUUGAUUGGUAUAGAGUCAAUAUUACUAUUUUCUUCCGCCUCUUCUAGUCUUUGUUGUUUUUCUCCUCAUUAUAAAGCUCCAAAAAGUCUUCAUAUAGGUGAAAUUGUUCAAGUCAAAACAUUCACCAAUCCAAAUCCCAUCACCUAUAUUUGCUAAGUCCUCUUAUGAGAACGGUGGUUCUAAAAAGAUUUGAGUUUCAA